AUGGGGCGCAAUAUGUGUCACGACAAAUGCAUGUUAUUUGGGUACAACGAGAAAGAUAAAAUAUGCUACCUACACAUGCAGACUCAGCAAAACUUCUUGACAGAUUCUGAGGAAGGAAUAAUGUACUACCAGAAAACAGAGAAAGGUUGUGGCUCGCAGUGGCUGGAGUAUAGGAAUCAUUGCUACUUUCAUAAUCAGAUGAAAGCCACAUGGACUGAAGCUAAAUUGUGGUGCGAGUCCAGAUAUGCUCACCUGGUAGAAAUAGAGAGUAAGGAGGAAUCUGAUUGGCUGGCCAGAACGUUUCUUUUGAAAGUUUGAUCCAAGCCUCAAGUACAGAGAAACUGCGUGUCAAACUAAGAAAAGACGCCAUCUCA